GGGGCGGCGUCGGCGGGCGCGGGCGCGGGCGAGCGAGGGCCCCUUCCCGGAGCUGGCCCGGCGCCGCGGCUUCGCCUUCCCGGCGGGGCGGGAGACCUGCCUCCUUCCCUGCUGGCCGCCUGCCGAGCGUGGCUCGCCUCAUCCGCCCUUAGGGAUGAAGAGGAGACUCGUGGUGACCCGCGGAGGUGCCGAAAGCCGGAUGGCAGAGGACACACCACGGGACGCACACUAGCGAGCGUGUGGGGGCCACACACGUUUUUGAAUGCAAUUGGGUGAGCGUGAAAGAGGUGCCCUAUUAAAAAGCACAACAGCCCUCUAAGAGGAGCAAAAUCGAGUCUCUCCAUUUUUGCCACGGUUUUGGAGACUGUUCAAUGUACCGUACAUGUGACGUAAGAUGAGAACUUUUUAAGGUUUUCCGUGCAAGAGCGUAAACGAUGACUACCCCGGCCCUGCUGCCCUUAUCUGGACGAAGGAUACCACCUCUGAACCUGGGACCGCCUUCCUUCCCGCACCACAGGGCUACCUUGAGACUUUCCGAGAAGUUUAUCCUCCUCCUUAUCCUAAGUGCCUUCAUCACCCUGUGUUUUGGAGCAUUCUUCUUCCUUCCAGACUCUUCAAAACACAAACGCUUUGAUCUGGGUUUGGAAGAUGUGUUAAUUCCUCACGUAGAUGCCAGCAAAGGGGCUAAAAACCCUGGAGUCUUUCUGAUCCACGGACCCGAUGAACACAGACACAGGGAAGAAGAGGAACGUUUAAGAAAUAAAAUUCGAGCUGAUCACGAGAAGGCCCUGGAGGAAGCAAAAGAAAAAUUAAAAAAGUCGAGAGAGGAAAUUCGAGCGGAAAUUCAGACAGAGAAAAAUAAGGUAGUCCAAGAGAUGAAGACAAAAGAGAAGAAGCCACUGCCACCAGUCCCUAUACCAAAUCUAAUAGGAAUAAAUGGUGGAGACCCAGAAGAUAAUGACAUACGAAAGAAAAGGGAAAAAAUUAAAGAGAUGAUGAAACAUGCCUGGGAUAAUUAUAGGAUGUAUGGUUGGGGACAUAAUGAACUCAGACCUAUUGCAAAGAAAGGACACUCCACUAAUAUAUUUGGAAGUUCACAAAUGGGUGCUACCAUAGUAGAUGCUUUGGAUACCCUUUAUAUCAUGGGACUUCAUGAUGAAUUUGGAGAUGGGCAAAAAUGGAUUGAAGAGAACCUUGAUUUCAGUGUGAACUCAGAGGUGUCUGUGUUUGAAGUCAACAUUCGAUUUAUUGGAGGCCUGCUUGCAGCUUAUUACCUUUCAGGAGAAGAGAUAUUCAAGAUUAAAGCAGUCCAACUGGCUGAGAAACUCCUUCCGGCCUUUAACACACCUACUGGGAUUCCUUGGGCAAUGGUGAAUCUGAAAAGUGGAGUAGGGCGAAACUGGGGCUGGGCAUCUGCAGGUAGCAGCAUUCUUGCUGAAUUUGGUACACUGCAUAUGGAGUUUGUCCACCUCAGCUACUUGACAGGGGACCCAGUUUACUACAAAAAGGUAAUGCACAUUCGGAAACUGCUUCAGAAGAUGGAUCGUCCAAAUGGUCUUUAUCCAAAUUAUUUGAACCCAAGAACAGGUCGCUGGGGUCAGUAUCAUACAUCAGUUGGCGGGCUGGGAGACAGUUUUUACGAAUACUUACUAAAAGCAUGGUUGAUGUCAGAUAAAACAGACCAUGAGGCGAGAAAAAUGUAUGAUGAUGCUAUUGAGGCUAUAGAGAAACAUCUUAUUAAGAAGUCCCGAGGAGGUCUCACCUUUAUUGGAGAAUGGAAAAAUGGGCACUUGGAAAAGAAGAUGGGGCACUUGGCCUGUUUUGCUGGGGGAAUGUUUGCACUGGGAGCAGAUGGUUCCAGAAUGGAUAAAGCUGGUCAUUAUUUAGAGCUAGGGGCAGAAAUUGCACGUACAUGUCAUGAGUCAUAUGACAGAACUGCAUUAAAGCUGGGUCCUGAAUCAUUCAAGUUUGAUGGUGCAGUAGAGGCUGUGGCAGUCCGGCAGGCUGAAAAGUAUUACAUCCUCCGUCCAGAAGUAAUUGAAACCUAUUGGUACCUAUGGAGAUUCACUCAUGAUCCAAGAUAUAGGCAAUGGGGCUGGGAAGCAGCACUGGCUAUUGAAAAGUAUUGCCGAGUAAGUGGUGGAUUUUCUGGGGUGAAGGAUGUGUAUUCCUCUACUCCUACACAUGAUGAUGUACAGCAGAGCUUCUUUCUUGCUGAAACAUUAAAAUAUUUGUAUCUGCUGUUCUCCAGUGAUGAUCUUUUACCUUUAGACCACUGGGUAUUCAACACAGAGGCUCAUCCUCUGCCUGUGUUACAUUUAGCCAACACCACACUUUCAGGAAAUCCUGCUGUUCGAUGAAAGCGGCUCCAGAAAGACCAUUCUCACCUGUGUUUUGUUUACAUGGACCACUACAGAAAUUAGUCUGGAGAGGGGGCUUUUGGAAACCUGGACCUCAUAAGUCAGCAUGGCAGGGUGAAACAUGACUGUGCCCCACAAGACUUUUCAACUUGUAGAUAUCUCAACUUUGAAAUGAUUCCAUUUUAUACCUGACCAAAACCUGGUAUGUGUAAGACAAAGACCUGGUAUGCUUGGAUUCUUAAAGAGAUGGUCACAUGGGAAAUUUUGCCUGUUACUGCUAUAUUGUUUUUAGCAUCCUGGAAUCUGGAAACUAGACUGCCUAAAGAUAAGCCGAGAAUGUGGAGCACCUUGCGGGAGUGAGAGAUGGCCUUUGGAACCGAUUAUAUAUUUGUUCCUUCCAAAGCUUUCAAAUCAAAUAUUUACUUAUUAUUUAUCCCCCUUUCUCCAUUUUUAAUAAUGGAAGGAACUAAAACAAAAGAACAGUAGAACGGCAUCAAGAGCAAGAAGACUGGAAAAAGAAACAGAAGUACCUGUCCCCAUCUCAGUUUUCAAGUUCCCCAUUGGACGGCCAGACUGGCAACCAUUUCAAAUCCCAGUGUAUUCCAUUGAAAUUUCUUGGUUAAAUUUCAUUUUCUCUGGGGGCAUGAUCUCACAAAGAAUACUCUUCAAGUCUUUGUCUCCAUAUGGAAUCAUUGAAACUGCUAUUUAUCAUAACCACUACUUAUGAGCCUGGGUUUGGGAUUUUGUGCAUGUUGAUCAGUCUAGUGUUGGUAGCAUGACAAAAAGUGGGGGAAACACUAUAGUUUGUCUCCUUGAAACCUGUUCUAAGAGAAAGCCUUGGUCUUGUUGGUAGGGGAUUUUUUUUUUUUCCCAAACCAGCAAAUCUACCAAGUGAAUUUUAUCCACUUUAACCUUCUUAUAAAUUUAGUAAAAUCCCUCAAACUUACAACUUAAUGUAGCUUGGCAAAAUUCACUAUACUGUUUUGCAACUCUGAAUUUACUUACCUUGAUGAGCCAAAUUUCUUUUACAGCCUAUUACAUCAAAAACAAACUACAGUGAAACUUGCUUAAACAUUCUAUCUGGAAUGGGGAUAGGGGAUCCUUUAUUUAUUAUCUCUUCAGAUGAGUGAGUUUUUCACAAAUAUUUUAUGUAAAAAAUAAGAUUCAGCUUUUAUUUUCUGCAAGGAUAUUUAUAGAAAUCCAAAGAAUCAGAACAGCUUCAAAAUAAUUUUUAGUGAAAAAAAUGUAGUAUAAUUAGUCAUGUUAACUAAAUUUGGGAUAUAUCUAAGGAAGUUUCUCUUACCAUCAAUAGAUUUUGCAGUGAUAUUUAUUUUUAAAGAAAUUACUAUUUCUUUAUAUUUGGGGAGAAGAACUUAAAUUUUAUCAAGAACUGUAUUAUAAAUAUGCUUGUAAAUUUUCUGUCCCUUGAAUUUAUGUCACAGUGCAAGACACUUUCUUCUUUACAUUUAAUACAAACAGCUUCCAUUGACAAUAAAAUUAGGGAGCAGUAUAAUUAGUCUAAUUAUUUACUCUAAUUUGAAAAUUUCAUGAAACAAUGUGAAAGAAGCCCACCUUGGAAUUCUGAAGGCAUAUUCUCUUAUUUUGAUAGCUUUUCUUUUUAACCUUUUAUUAGCAUGUAGUAGAUUUAAAUUGGAGAAAGAUUUAAUAAAUUAAUAUAAUUAAGUAUUUUCUAAGGGUGAUCAUCUUAUACCACCAAGAGUCAGACAAUCCUCACAAUUUAGCAAAUGAUCCAGAAAUGAUAAUUACCCCAGAUUUUUCAGUAUACACAGAAGAUAAGCAUGUGGAGCUCUAGUGCAUUAUUCAAGUGUUUAAGAGAGUUAAAUUUUAGCACACAUUUUGAAAUUAUAGUAUCUUUUACUAGAAAAAUUAAAAUUCUUAAAUGACAAGAGUCGACGACUAACUUGAGAAAGGGAAAGUAUUUGGUUCUCAAAAAAAUGUUAGCCUUCCCCCUGAAUAGUGCAAGUCCACUUACAAGUCACUAAAUAGUGUGAACGACUUGAGGUAGCAAAUUGCCGCUGGGUAGAGACAGUGAGCCACCCACACUUUGUUUAGAAGGGUGCACAGUAAAGGGGCCUUCUUGGUCUCCCAGGAGCUUCUCAAGGAAGGAGAAGACAGAGCCCCGACCCGGCAAGUGCUCGGUUUCUAUCUCUGGGCUGAGUGGGGCUUAAGAGGAGGCUAGAGAGGUGCUUGAACAUGGCCAGUGCUCGUUCAAGCGAAGAAUCAAGAAUUGAAGAAUCGGAGAGGUACAAGGGAAGGGUCUUCACCACCACCCAGUACCUCCCCCUGUGAUGACAAGACUAGAGCUUAUCACAGUGCUUCCAUUGUUUCCUUCUCUGAAUACCAAAGGCAAUUAAAGUCAGCUACAGAUGACUUGCCAGUGUCAUGUUUCAUUUUGUUUUGUUUUUUUACAGAUUUUUAAAAUUAUUUCCACUAAGAUCAAUACUUAUCCCACUUUCUGCUUAGUUUUCCAAGAGUAUUUACUUUCUUUUGUCCCUUGCCGUCCUUGGCAUUUCAUAGACCUAUUACUCAGGUUAAAAUACUCAUUAUGUGUAUAAGACCUUUGCAGAGAGCCUAAAGAUGCUUCUUUCCAGGUGCCUCUUCAGAGAGCUGACACCUAAUUUUGUGCCUUUGGCACAAAUGUGCUGAGUAGAUUGAUCAGUUGGUACAUAAAAGAAAAGCAGAGAUGUUGAACACCCCUCUACCUUCUCCAUUUCUCUUCUAGAAUUUUAGAAUCACAUUUUUUUGUUGAAACCAGUAUAAAGUUGUUAAAGCCAAGUGAAUGCGGCCCUAACCAAAAACCCAUCUCUGCAGAUAAAACAGACACCAGUCAGAGAGUUCUUGCUUUCUGGGGAGUUGCAUGUAUGUGUUGUUGUGUGCCUGACACCAACUUCUACCCGUCUUUGAGCAGAGGUGUGUAUAUGUAAGAGUGAACUGGAUGUUGGAGGAACACGUUCCUUUUGUGAAACGUUGACCUUCGUUCUCUGUGACAUCAGCUAAGGCACCCCUGGGCUGCCCUUGGUAGAUCUUAACCAAGCGGUUUGGAACUGUGACCAUCGGCUUCUCAUCUCCACUCUCCUUUGCCAAAGUCUUUGUCCGAGCUCCAGAUUUGUUGUUAAAAGAUUCUGCUUGCCAUUCUCAUUAUACAGUUUCUCCUUCAGCCUGGAUUUCUGUGAACGAAUGCAUGCGUGAGUGAGCGAAUGAGUGAACAUAGAGUCCCUGAUAGGUGCCGAGCACUGUGCUAGGCGCUCUCGAGCAUUAGAACAUUUUGUGACUCUGGUGCCAUUUUCUGUGUAAGAGUAAUUCAUACCAUCGUAAAUGUUUUCCAGUAUGAAUUAUGUUACAAAAUCAUUAAUUUUAUAUUUCAUUUAAAUUAAAGAGGAAGAGAAAUGGUUUAUAAUAUAUUUUAAGCGAUGUGUUACUAUAUAGUACUAACAGCUAUAAUUGUAGUUAAUAACUAGUCUCUUGGAAAAUGUCAGAGAAAUACUUGAUUUCUGAUGUAACUUUGACUAAAAUACUUUAGAAAUAAAUAAAAACAUUCUUAUUUUGCUAUAUCACUUGAAUUAUAUAAUGAAAAAGUAAUGUUUUAUAGAAAUGCUGGUUAUUUUAUAUUCAAAAAAUUUUGUCAUGUAAGUCAUGGGUAAAAUCUGCAGUUGUAAAUUAUUUUUCCUCUGCUAAGGGUCCCAGUCAUGGUCCCAUGCUGUUAAAUAUAAAUAUAUAUAUAUACUAAAAUAUUUCUGAGUUCCAAAUAACAGUCUUUAGAAAUCAUAUAUGGAGUUUUUGUUUCUCUUUAGUCUCCAUACCUUCCAAUUGGGUAGCUCAUAUUCUUAUUCUUUACAUAAGUAUAUACAUAAAUACAAUCAUACACAGAUUUUGAUAUUGUCUGUGUUAACAAACACAGUUGCUAACCAGUUUUAGCUACACAAAUUCUAAGCAGAAUAAUUGGGUAACCAAAUAUGAUCUGGCAAUAUUUUAAUGUACUUAUUCUGGUUCAAGAACACAGAUGAAGACGAUUUUCUCUUCAGCUCAUUCAGAUCAUGAUGGAAACAUUCUUUGAUCUAUAAUAGGUCAGCAAGCUUUUCUGUAAAGGGCCAGAUAAUACUCUCGGCUUUGUGCACCAUCAGUCUCAUGUAUCUGGUACUCAUUUCUGCAAUUGGAAAAUGAAAGUUGGUGUAGACAAUAUGUAAACAAGGGAUGUCGCUGUGUUCCGAUAAAACUUUAUUUACAAAAGCAUGGAGAGCUGGAUUUGGCCCAUGGGUCAUGGUUGCUAACCCUUGAUCCCAAGUUAAAUUUCUGUAAGACCCUUAUGUAAUCUUUGAUCUGCAUCUUUCCUCUGUGUUUGAGUUACAUAAUUCAUUUUUAAAGCAAAAAGAUGGUAUGUAUGUAUGAUUGUAUGGAUUUGUGUAACCUAAAGCUAUAUAUUUUGUGGUCUUGAAAAUAGGUCUACUCUUUGGGAGUCUGUUCAGGUUUCAAUAUGAUAUAACUACUGUGAAAGAGGCAUUUUUGUUGUUGUUUUGGGGGUGUGCUAUCAGCCAGUUUCCUUGCCUUGUCAUUUAGUGCCACGAUUCCAGACUCCCCAUGUAAAAAGGAGGGUCUCUGUGGUGUCAAAAUAUUCUCUCCAAGCUCCGCCUCCUUGUUGACCUUUGGACCAGGACUCCGGAUUGCUGGAGCUGCAAAAACUCAUCCACUUGAGUAUUCUCAGAUCCCAGCGAUGGGAAUAUGAUAGAAUCUCUGACCUUUGUGCUGCAGAAACCAAUCUCUUGAAAAAUUAGAAGCAACAGAAAAUGGGUUAUGUGCCUCAUUUGCCAGUUGGCAGCCACUCUUCCUUUUUUAGACCACAGGAUGGUACUGCCCCUGUUACCUCUAGAACAGCCUGAAGCUGAGUGCAGAGAAAAGAUCUAUCCAAAAGGAAGUUCCCUUUUCUCUUACUGCAUAACUUGCCUCACAUCCUUUACAAGUCCAUAGCGUUAUUUCAGAAUGUCAAUAGACAUCAUAUCUAAAUUAAAGCAUCUUCAACAUCAGCCUUACAUUUCCGCCGUUGAACAGCUCCUCUCAAACUUUGCUUGAGCCCAGCAGCACUCGUGAAAUUACUCAAAGUUACAUGACACCAUAUUACCUAGUAUAUUUGCAGUGUACCAAUCAUCGUGAGAGAGAGAUUUUUCACUAAGAAUUUUAUUGAAUAGGCAUUUUGCUACUUUUGGAAAUUCUAGAGGAGGGGGAGCUUGUAAACAAGCCUUUAUAGUUCCAGCAUAUAUAGAGCACUUCAGUUCAGUGUGGUUGUAAGUAUGAGCACACAAACACAUAAACCCACAUCUAUACGUGCUAAUAUGCACAAGAUUUUAACUGCAGAUGUCUUGCUGCUAUUGAAUGCUACAGAAUUAUAUGGCAAAUUGCUUACCAGAAUACUCCAUGGAGAUAAGCUCAGCUCACUCUUGGGAAGAAUUAUUUCUUAGAAAACAAUUUAGUUUUUGUUGGAUUAAUUAAAUAAGGUAUCCCCAGUUUUAAUGACUAGAUUUGGAAAUUGGAAUGCCAUUCUUCAAUCUCACUGGUCUCAAAUUCACUGAUAAAAAUCUCUCCCUAACCUAGUAAGUGGAGUAAGAAUAAUCUUCUAGAUCGGUACCCACUGGCCACUCUUGAGCUGAUUUCCAGUCAUGUCCUCCAUAUGUAACUUUUAUAAAUUAAAGGUAAUAUUGUAUAUUGAAGAUCAAAUAAAGAUGUUCCUUAAGUGAAA